AAGCUGAGUUGAGAGAGAGGGAGGCAGGGGUCGGGUUUGGUUAGUAGGAGGGGGUGAGUUGAUUCGGGACUGCAGACGCUCCGCUCCUCCGCUGGUAUUCCAGGAAUGUGUUGAUCAUGGCGGCCGCAGUGAAGCCCGUGAAGAGCGGACUGCUGGAGCUCCGCGUUACCGUGCACCACUGGAUCCGCGUGCUCGCCACUCUCAGCGAGGACUCGUUCACCGUGAGCCCCGGAGACACCGCCGAUGAGUCCGCGAACAGCUGCUCGCCCGCGCCCGGCGGGGCUGUUAACGGGGAUCCGGCGAACCUCAGCGCCUCCCCGGUGCCGGACACCAUCACGAACGUCAAGCGAACCGUCCGAGUCACCAAACAAGAAGUUGGAGGACUCGGAAUAAGUAUCAAAGGUGGUAAGGAGAAUAAGAUGCCCAUCCUGAUCUCAAAGAUCUUCAAAGGACUGGCAGCGGACCAGACGGAGGCUCUUUACGUGGGCGAUGCGAUUCUGUCCGUCAACGGGUGCGACCUCAGAGAGGCCACUCAUGAUGAGGCUGUUCAAGCCCUGAAGAAAACCGGCAAAGAGGUCAUUCUGGAAGUGAAGUAUAUAAAGGAGAUGUCUGCGUUUUUUAAGGCUGGAUCUACGACCGGACCCCCUGUGCUUGACUCCCCUCCAGCCUCCCCACAGAAACAGACGGACCCUGCGCUUAAAGAGAGCCAGACCAUCCAGCUCCGAAUGUGCCACGUGACCCGCAAACAGUGUCCGCCGGACACAGAGGACAGGUAUUUCGAGGUGGUGUCGUCAGACAGGAAGAAGUGUGUGUUUCUGCGGGCUAAAGAUCACGCCAUGGCUCAGGCCUGGUACAACACCAUCCAGACGACCAGCGCAGCGUUACUGAGCAGCGCUAGAGCCGAGCUGAACGCCCUGCAGCCCAGACUGAACGUCACACACAUGGGCUGGAUCAUCGAGCAGGGCUCAGAGCGGCCGAUCCUGGCAGUAUUGACGGACAGAGAUCUGCUGCUGUACACAUCUCUACCCGACAGCAAAGACAUGCUCAACAGCCCAGACAAGAGCUAUCCUUUAAUUACCACCAGGCUGGUUCACUCCGGACCGGGGAAGAGUUCAUCGGUGCACGACUCUGAGCUGACGUUCGGUCUGCGUCUGGGCACUGAUCAGGGAGUGGAGACGCAUCUGUUCAGAGUGGAUUCGGCUAAAGACCUGUCCACCUGGACUCACCUGCUGGUGGAGGGCUGCCACAGCGCCGCUGAGCUCGUGCAGGAGGUCACCACAGCGUGCAGCUGGAACGGGAAGUCGUGUAUGUUGAGCGUUCACAUAGACAAAGGCUUCUCUCUGUUCACGGAGGAGUCCGGCGUCCGGAGGAACGUCCUUCUCCAGGAGCCCUUCGAGCGUCUGCGCAUGUCCUCCGACGACGGCGUCCGCAUGAUCUUCCUCGACUUCGGAGGCCCAGAAGCAGAGAUUCAACUGGACCUUCACUCCUGCCCAAAAACCAUCGUCUUCAUCAUUCACUCUUUCCUGUCGGCCAAGGUCAAGCGGCUAGGGCUGUUGGCAUGACGACGGUGCUUGGAAACCCCGCCUCCACGAGACAAACGCUGGACCACUGGACAUCAAGCCAAACCUCCCAUCACAGACUUCUUCCCAAACCCACAGCCAUUCAGUGAUGAUUUGCUUUUAUUCCUUAUCAUUUUAGUGGUUUGCAUCUCAGCUAAAACAUAAUCACAUAAUCAUACGCUUAAAGAGCAGCAUCAGCUCUGUUCCAGAACCUACGCAGGCAGCUGUCUACUAAGGGAGCAUCUAGUCUGAACUGGUUUGAGACGCUCGUGUCUAAUGCUGCAAUAAGCGUACAAAUAUAUAUAAAAUAGUCCAUUGCAAUAAAAUACAUUUAAAUAAAAAAUAAUUUAAAAAAUUAUAAAUUUAAAUAAAAUUAAUGCAUAUAAAAAUAAUACAUUUAAUUAUUAUAGUCAAAUCGGUAAUCUUGAAACUUUAUAAUAAUUUAUCUUGACUCAUCAGCAUCUUAUAUGGAGCCCCCCCAAGCUUGUUGCAGUGCAUUCUGGGAUUGCUUGUAACACAAAGCAUACUUUCCUGACAGGCUUCCUAUGAUGAUGCCUUAAAAGUGUUUUCUAAGAAGGCAGCUCACGAGGUUUUGGAACAGAGCCUGAAAAACGCAGGUGUGCUGAUCAUGACAAGGGCUUUAACGUUUGGCAGCUGAGAGAGCGUUCCAGAUAUAAAUUCUCUAAAUUCAUCUUUCUAUGCUGAGAAAUAAUGUUUUAUCCUGAUUUGACUGUCUUCUGACUUUAAAUAUAACCUUUUAAGACUCGUCAUCUUCCAGAAUAUCUACUAUGAAUCUAUGCUUGUGUGAAGAGAGAGAAUCGACCCUUUCAAAACCCAGUACUUUAUGAUUAUCAUAAGUGGAUACUGUAAGGGAAAUACGGUUUGGUUUAUCUUUUUCUUUUACAAGCCAAAACUACAAAAAAUAAAACUCUCAACUGAGACUCAGAUUUAGAUUUGGACAAACGUUUACUGAAAGGAGUUUGAGCUGAAAGCCUCUUGUAAUUCAGUCUGUGUUCACUGUGUUAUACUGACCUCUAGUGGCCAUAAUGAGCAUAACUCUCAGGCUGUGUUUACAAUACUAUACUAACAUACUGCAUACUAGAUUCGCCAGUUUUGACGCUUACGUUGCUAAAAAUACUCCAUUAAAAGUCAAUUUAAUGAAAAAAAAAGUAUAUAUAUAUA